AUGGACAAACCUGACAGUGUUCAUGUUCAAGCACUCUCCUUUGGUGAAAAGGCAGAAGCCUUAGCCAUUGAAGUCGACCCUGAUGCCGGUUUGAGCGAACAAGAGCGGCAAAAGAAGGACCGUCAAUUACUUUGGAAACUUGACCUCCAUCUCAUACCUUGGCUUUGUCUCCUGUACUUGAUCUCAUUUUUGGACAGGACCAACAUCGGAAAUGCCAAGAUCGCUGGUUUGCAACGAGACUUGAAUAUGACAGAUGGGCAAUGGAAUGCAUCUCUGGCUAUCUUUUUUGUUUCUUACAGCGUAUUUGAACCCGUCAGCAAUGUACUGCUGAAGAAAUUCCGUCCCAGCAGGUACAUCCCAACCAUUGUGGUAAUUUGGGGUAUUGCAUGCAUGUGCUGUGGAUUGGUCAACAACUUUGCCGGGCUGGCAACAGCUCGAUGGUUUCUAGGCAUGUUCGAAGCUGGGCUGUUCCCUGGCUGCAACUUUUACCUCUCCUGCUGGUAUAGGCGGUCUGAAUUUGGUGUUCGAUCUGCUAUCUUCUUCAGUGCUGCAGCUAUUGCCGGUUCUUUUGGCGGACUCCUGGCUGCGGCCAUUACAAACAUGCACGACGUAGGUGGCAAGCCGGGAUGGGCGUGGAUCUUCAUCUUGGAGGGACUUCUCACGAUCAUGAUUGGUGUCAUAUCUAUUUGGAUGGUUCACGAUUUCCCCGACGAAGCAACCUUCCUCUCUGAGGAGGAUCGCCUGCGCGUCUAUCAUCAUUUGAAAAAAGAUCAACAAUCGAGUGCAGAGCACGAAUCAUUCCAAUGGGCACAUGUCAUGGCAAGCCUGCGUGAUUGGAAGACAUACACAGGCUGUCUUGUUUACAUGGGCGCCGGAGGAGGAUUGUAUGCGUUCAGUCUAUUUCUUCCUACCAUUCUUGCUGAGCUAGGGUACCGGACUACCACGGCACAGCUGAUGUCGGUCCCGCCGUAUGUCGCAGCAGCUUUGCUGACUAUUGGAAUCGGGUUCAUCGCGGACAAGACACGACAGCGAGGGCUAUUCGCGAUAUUAGUCUCGUCCUUGGGCAUCAUCGGCUUUGGCAUCCUCAUUAGUGACGCGCCAGUCGGUGCAAAGUACGCAGCAACCUUCCUGGCCGCCAUGGGAAUCUACCCAUGUAUUCCCAACACAGUUACUUGGGUGGCCAACAACACCGAAGGCGUGUACAAACGAGGCAUCACACUUGGGAUUGCCAUGGGUUGGGCAAACCUCCAGGGCGUGGUCAUCAGCAAUGUCUACCGGGGUACCGAUGCUCCACGAUUCAUUACAGGCCAUGCUGUUGUUCUCGGCUAUCUCGGACUUGCUCUUUUUGGGGGCUCGAUCUUGCAAUACCUUUUGCUGCGUCGAGAAAACCAGAUUCGAAAGUCCGGAGCUCGGAGCGAUAUUCUUGAGGGAAAAUCUGAACAUGACAUCCGGCUGAUGGGUGACAAGAGGCCAGAUUUCAUCUAUACGCUGUGA